AUGGUGAAACGAAAAUGCAGUCAGGACUCCUGCAGCACCGACGCGAGCUACGCCUACGGUUUGGAAGGGUCGAAGACCGCCAAGUAUUGCGCCCGCCACGCGGCGAACGGGAUGAUCAACGUUUACAGCAAGAAGAGGUGCAGGCACCCAAGUUGCACGAUGGUCCCAUCUUUCGCGGGGAAAGGCAGCAACAAGCCGGAGCUCUGCAGCCAGCACGCGGAGGCAGGGAUGGUCGACCUCGUCAGCCACCGGAGAUGGUGCCAAGAACCAGGUUGCAACGCGCAAGCCUACUUCGGCGCGUCAAGCGACGCUAGCAAGGCGGAAUUCUGUACGAAGCAUGCUAGGGAGGGGAUGGUCAACACCCGGAGCGGGAUAAUCAACAGAAACAAGAGUUGCGAGGACCCAGGUUGCACCUCGGGAGCGACCUACGGCAUGGAUCCCACCAAGAGGCCAGAGUUCUGUUCGCGACACAAGACGGACGGGAUGGUGAACUUGUCCCGAAAACGGUGCUCCUACUCGGGCUGCACCAUCCGUGCUACGUACGGCAUCGACGGAUUCAAGAAGGGGGAAUUCUGUUCGGCACACGCCCGGGACGGUAUGGUCGAUGUUACGAGCACGAGGUGCAAUCAACCGGGCUGUAGGACGCAACCGAUGUUCGGCGUAGCGGGGGGGAAAGCGGAGUUCUGCGUUCGACACAUGAAAGACGGGAUGAUUAACAUCCGGUCGAACACGUGCGGUCACCCGGAUUGCACCACGCGAGCGAGUUACGGAAAAGACGACCACAUCAAGAAGGCAGAGUUCUGCGCCCGCCACGCUCAGGUCGGUAUGAUUCACGUCCGGGCUAAGACGUGCGACCACGUGGGUUGUACUACGCGAGCUAAUUUCGGCGUCCCCGGUAGCAAGAAGGCGGAGUUCUGCAGCCAGCACGCUGAGGACGGAAUGGUCGACCUCGGCAGGACCACGUGCGGCCACUUCGGCUGUUUACGAACUCCCUCGUACGGCGUCGAGGGGUCCCCAAAGAGGGAAUUUUGCCGGCGGCACGCUAAGGCCGGCAUGGUGAACGUCAAAACAAAAGGUGGUUCCAAACGGCCUAAGCCGUCAUCCGGCGUGCACCGUGCGGUCAAGCAGGAGCUGCGUGACCAGCAUGCGUCAGGAUCGACUUCGACGGCGGGUAGAAGCGGCAGAGACAGCUUGGGGGUUGCGAAGCGACCUCGCACGACCGCGUCUAGCGACCCCGCAGAGGAAAUGACCGCAGCCGCGGGACCGUUCAUGGGGUUUGGAAGGAGGUGCAGUUAGAGAGCAGUACAUAUGGUGAUAAAUACAUGGUGGCAAGGAGCACGUAUACGCUCUGCUGCGAAGACGAGGGAGCUUUAGGCGGCGGCGAUGGGUGCCGGAAGAUUUAACUUGGGGAGUGGGUGGGCACGAGGGGGGACAGCAGCGGGGAAGGCAUGGAGGGCGACCAUGCCAGGGAAGAAGACGAUUGCGGCAACACGCCCCAGGACACGCGGUUCAACAUCGGGCACAGCAGGCUGGACGGCAUCCCACACACCCUCAUCGAUGUGUUCGACGAGAAGGUCUGCACGCACGCCAUCAUGCAGGAGGUAUCCAUGGCACUCGCGAGUCAUUACCCCUUUAAUUAAUUGGAUGGACCGCUGGUUGUUCAACAUUUCAACGGACGAUGACAGUAGCGUCUUGCUGUUUUACAUUUUUGCUGUAUCGGGGUUUUGACUGUGGUGGUUAUUCUCGUGAAGGCAUGCGCAUAUACGCACGAAAAGACAAGGGCCAGAUGACGCCUACACCAAACACCUGUUGGCUCCGUCAGUGGCUGCCUCCUAGAACAUGCAGUGCUGUGUUUCUCCCGCUACACGAGAGCCUGUGUGCGCAAGUAUUUUUGUCUGUUGUACGGACGUUCUGCUCUGCUUGCUUGUUUACGUAAGGAUGGAUGCACUGAGGAGAGACAUCAGCCUGUCUUGUCUCGAUGUCUGCCCCCACACGGUUUUUGGAGCCGUUGAAAAUGAAGAUCUGCUCGCUCCGGUCGGUCGUGCAAUAUGUGUGUGUCCGUAUGCCCGUGUCUUGUUUUCCGUUCCUCUCGAAAUCAGCUUUCCGCGCACCGAUUGAAAAGUUUCAGUGCGGCCUCUGCCUGAAGAGACUCGCGGGCCCCGCUGACGACUAGACCUGGGAUCUCGUCGACAACAGCAACCGCUGUACGUUGAAGGAUCUUGAACCCAGGCACAUCAUUCGGCUAACUUCACCACCGAUUGGUGUGAAUCUUGACUGAUAGGUGUGAUCGUCUUCUGCAAGCCCUUGACUAUAGCGCCGUCGCCCUAGUCGGAAAUGCCGAUUGCAUUCGAUCUUAGGCGCUUACGCAUGUGAUCAAUCGGCCCUCUGUUUUUGGAGGCUUGCGUGCCAUCUGUGGUCGAAUGACGUGGAUGUGUUGGUUCUAAUUUUCAAGCCGCACGUCGUUCUUUUAAGAGUGUCCGUCGCACCGAUGAAGCGCCUCACUGUUGCUGUCCAUGUAUCCAGGUGGAUCCCCUCGUGUAGUGUGGGUCGCCGCCUCCUUGCGCAUCGUUGCGAGACCCCAGCGCCCGCUCGCCGCGUUCCCGCGGUUCUGUGUGCUGAAAGCGGGCGAGCGCAAGGCUCUCCUCUUAUUCACCCCGAACCUCAAAGCACGCGCAUCGGCUCCAAACCUUCAAAAUGGUCAAUCCGUCAAACCAAUGUAUUUCUGAUGGCACAUGUUCACCACGGUACACCAGACCACAGGCGGCCACGGUGACGGCGCGGAAUGUGACGAAGAUGACGAUAACUUGGAUGGCCUCUGAUACGAGGAGAAAUAGUAACGGACAGACCUUCUGCUGACGGGGAAAUGUCCCUCCAGAGGUUUAUUGUUGAACAAAUCCUUGCAGAUGGUGGUAUUGUGUAAUUUUGGCCUCCCCACCGAUAACCGCAAUCCUACAAGAAUUUGUACUGCUGCUGUACAUGUAUUUAUUUAGCCGUUCUUUUCUUCCUCUUGUAACCUGUAACUCUGUCAAGGGGCCCUCCGUAUAGGAAUCUUGAAUGGUUACGUGUCAAAUUUGGUCGCGAGGAAGGGGGGGGCUUUAAGUAUGGUAAAGGAUAUAGAAUGCACAUAUAUGACGAUUUUUUAUUAAGGCCUGUAGAAGUUCAAGAGAGUUUUAUAUGGGUUUUUGAAUGCGGCACAAAAGCCUAACAAUGAAUGUACGGUGGUUUUGCUGUGGACACAUCAAAUUAUACUCUCAGCAGACUGCUGCAAGUGAGCCGCCUGAAGCGAGAGGCUAUCCUGCGUGUCGAUCUUAAUCUUGGCGCCCGGGGGGCGGGUUCCA